AUGGCAGUAAAUGGUUCUAUAUUGAAGAAGUCGCUAAGUCAUAUAUCAGAAAUGCUACAAAAAACCUUUAAAAAAUAUCAGAAAUCUGGGACAGAGUGUGACAAGGCAAGUCAAAAUUUAGAAGAUGACUUUGAUACAUGUAAUACUUAUGCAACCUGGCCUUCAUCUAAACUCCGAACCACCAUUGAAGACAUGAUCAAGGAAAUUCUAAAGGAAAAUUCAAAGGCUGUUCUUAACGUAAUUGAUGAUGUAGAGAGUGAACUGAAUAAUGAAAUUCCAGCAAAUGUUGAAGAACAAUUAGAUUUUUGCAUGAUAUGCUCACAAGAGGACCAAAUAGAGGCAACUGAACUGCAAAAAAGUCUGUGUUCCCAAUAUGACCUUGUGGGGAAAGUGUUGUGGGAAUGUAUACCUUUAGGGCGAGACUUAUUUAGUGUGUUGGAAGAUAUAAUUAAAAACAGUUCAAGAUUACUAUUCUAUAUUUCAGAGAGGUUUGAUGAUAGCGAUGCUUGUGCUUAUAUUGCAAGAAAUUUACUUAUGGAACAAGACAAAGAUGGUGCAAACAGAAAAGUGAUUCCUCUAGUCACUCAAUUUGAAACUCCUAUUCCCGAGACAUUUCAGUUAAUAGAUAAGUUAUACCUUUCUAGCAAUUUACAAUUUCAAUUCAGAUUUCCAGCUCUAUUUACAACCGAGGUAAAGCUAGAAAAGGUAUUAAGAACUGAAAGGUUAAAGAAAAAGUUGGACAAUGAAAGAAAGUCAAUUUUACAGACCUUAAUACAAAAAAAAUUAGGAAUUUAG